AGACCGAGACCGAGGAGCGAGGAAAUGAAAAAUAAGAGAAGUGAGAAAGGGCCAGUGACAGCCACAAGGAAUAUUUUCCUCAGAGUUCGGCGCACUUCUUAGGGGCUUGGCUGCAGGGGGCGGGCUAACCGUCUGUGCUGUAAUUCCUCACAGCGAAGAAGACGCAUGAGCAAAAACAAUAACACAUAACUAGCUGCUCUCGGAAAAACAACUACGAAAUACCCCGUAUUUAGCUCAAAAUUCACAUUAGAACACAUAUAAGCAGAAGGUGUCCGUGAGUGUUGUAAACAUAACUCUUCAUGGAGGUGAGCUCCGCGCCAUGUUGUGUUCUUCACAGCAAUAGCAUGCCUUCGUGGUUGUGACGCGAUACCUAGCUGUCCCGCUAGCUGCUCACUUCCCGCUUUGUGUUUCUGUUUAAUGUCACUGCUCCCUGCCAACGCGCAGACAUGGAGAGUUUGUACAAGCGCAAAAUGUUCGCUUCCAUGCGGAAAACCAAAGUGGACGCAUCGAAGAAAAAGCAGAUCGGCCUGCCUGCUUCGAUCCUGGACGACAGUGACGAAGGCUCCUUCACAUCCUCCUCCUCCGGAUCCCAGUCCGACUUCCUGAGCUCCCCGGAGGAGGAUAGCGAGCAGGAGGACCGGGGCCGAAGCGGCUCCGGGGCGACUUCCAGCGAUGACAGCCGCUCCGUGACCCGCAGAAAGCGCUCCUUUCUGGGAGGGGACAACAGCUCCUCUUCUUCCAGCCCCGGAGAGGAGGACACAACUAAUGAUGAAGAGGGGGACACGAGCCAGCCGAAGAGGAUGUCGCAGCCCAGGAAGCGGAUCCGGCUGAAGCGACAGGAAGAGUCCGACUCGGACUGUGUGGAGGAGAAGCAGAGAGAGGAGGCGGAGAAGCUGAAGAGGAGGCAGAGACACAACAAGCUGCUGGCGCUGUCCCGGAGGAUGAAGGCCCGGGUCCCGAGCCGGAGGAGGAUCCGUCUCUCGCAGGUAGGCUACCUCCUGGACCUCCUUCACACCCAGGGUCUGACUGCAGUUCUGAGUAAAACUCGGUUCAGAGUGCAGGCGAUGGGGAAGAGUCCAAAGAAGGUGAAGAUGAAGCUGGAGGUGAUGAAGAAGGAGGUGCAAGAGAUAACAGCAACAAUAAACAGGCUGCAGGAGGCAGAGAGGAGGAGAAAACCACAGACGAAGAAGAGGAGAAGGACAAGGGGAAGAAGUAGAUUCACUCCAUGAGGAAAAACAGAAAAGGGGUUUGAAUGUGAAAAACAAAAUACCUAAACCAUGAAAAUUACUCAUUACUGUCAGUUUGAACAUGUUUUUUUCACUGUCUUAUCUUGUUGCUAUAGAAACAGACAUUGGUGGCAUGUAACAAAAAGAUGUGCAGAUGAUUUAGAGAGCUUCAAUGGGACAUUGUGGCUCCUGGUUCAGUAUCACAUGAUGAUGAUGAUGAUCAGUAUCAUCUGGUCCUCCAUGCUGGUCAUUUGUCAUGUCAAAUCCUUUUUAUUUAUAUAUCCCAAAACAAGUUGUUGAUCCCAGAUAGACGUCAGACACCUAUGUUCAAUUCCAUAUUUACCACAAUACACCAGCAGUUGUACAGCUGCUGAUAACGUAAACUCUAUAAGGUGUUGGAGCUAGCCAUAGCUAUGUAUUAUCCCCAUAUGGAUAGGGUAUAGUCUAGUUGCCAGCUCAUAGAGUCCUAUAGUGAACAUUGAGUAAUCCAAAGUUUUAUGUUAGAAAUGUAUCGUAGGGUCCCCAGCACAUAGUCGGAUGCUAACCUGCAUAUUACAUUACAUUGCAUUUAGCUGAGGCUUUUAUCCAAAGCGACUUACAAUAAGUACAUUCGACCAGGAAGACACAACCUUGAAGAAAACAGAAUCAUAUAAGUACAUCAGGUUUCAUAGAGCUAAACAUUUCAAGUGCUACUCAACUGCAUAUUUUGGGCAAUUUGCACAAUUAGCAUAAGUUGCGUUAAUUACCAAUAAUUAGCAAUAUAGCCUAUGUGAAUUGGUGUUGGGGGUUAUUGAGGAUGCUGAAUCAAUGUCUGAAGAUCAAAAACGGCAGUAGUUUUAAACAGAAGAUCCCAGUAUUUGUACUCUCGAUGGGCUGAUUUUGGGUCUAUUUGGAAGAUCUAGGGGACUCCUUUUCAUCUUGUGCUCCCUAUAUCCAAUGGUUGUGACACUACUCAUGGUAGUCAAAAACAGCCGACCAACAGUAGAAAGAUGGCCACUUUUCUGGUUAAAACUGCCAUUUUUUACACUGAAAAGGUCAGAAAUGGAUCUGCAUCCUCAAUAUCCCCAGAACCACUCCAACAUUGAUCAAUUGGGCAAGCAAUUUGUUUCCAUAUAGACUAUAAUGCAAUGAAAUGCUAAUUAUGCAAAAAUCAUGAGGACAAAAAAAAGGUGACACAUUUGUUCACACUCAUUUCUCAAAGACAAGAUUGAGCUCUCGCCCAAAGGAGUGACACGCUGUUGGUAACAGGCAGCAGAUCAGCAGCACACCAGUAAGCAACUGUCACAGCAUUAAGGACUGCAGAAGCUCCAGAGGCUCUACGGUCUACAGACGCUGACUCUCAUUUGGACGGGAAUCUCACCAUCAUAAACACUGAGCUUAUAAACUGUUUCAUUAUUGUUAAAAGUCAAAAACUGGGAGAGAAGUCAACUACGAGUCCCAGGGAAAAUUGCUGUCAGAGACAUCGAAUAAGAAGGCUUGAAGUUGUUGAGUUCCUGACCGCCAUGACACAGCGCUCUCAAUAUGAUUUAAUGGAUUUCACAGGUCUGGAAGAAGAAUGGCAGCUGAGGUUUCUGGGUACUGUAGUAUUCAGAGAUAUUCAAUAUGUCCAGUCAAGAGUACUCACAUUCUCCUCCUCUUUCAUUACUUUAUAGUUCAAAUGAAUGCAAACUGUUUUUUUUCAAAAUAUAGAACUUGUGAUGUCAGUUCAGGCUCCUUGCCUGUGUCAGCAGUUGAUGUAGACUACAUGAUUUCAGACACACAUUUAAACACUGUACAGUUUAUUGUACAGAAGCCUUUUAAGUGUUACACUUUAAAGGCAAUGUUUGCUUUUGUUGGUAGUUGUGUCCACCUCCUCCAGGAGUUAUAGACAUUUGAGUUAGCAGCUACUGGCUGAUAGAACAUUCUGUAAUGGUUGGAUUUGCUGAUUUCUUUCUCUUCUAUUUUGUUGUAAACAAAUUAAUUAUUAAUUAUUGGGUUUUAAACUGUUGGUUUGAAGGAGGAAGACAUUAUAAGAAGUCACAUUGGGAAUGCGUCCUUUACAUUUUUAGUAUUUCCUGAUAUUUAAAAAAAAGAGACAAUUAAUUGAUAUAAUAAUUUACCAACAAAUUAAUGAGAAUAAUCUUUUGUUGCAGGCCUGGGUGAACACCCAAACUGUCUAAAAACACUGAGUGUUUGGGCUCUGAUAAACCUUGACAGUGAGCACAGAUGUUUGUUUUUGUUUCAGAACAGCAUAAUAAAGACAACUUACUGGCUUA